GAGCAUGGUAGUGGCUUAGUUUUUGCAUCAUUUGAAAUGAACGCAAUUUGUUAGUUUUUUUGAACUUAGAACAAACAGUUAAUAUAGUAGGAAUUUACAAUAGAUUAUAAUUUUAAACGAAGUGUCUUAGAACUUACACAUUAAUCACGCGUUAUUCCAGUAGUGGACUGUAACGGUAACCACAAUAAAACUUUCGAGUUAGAUGUCAGCGAAACAGAUGUGUACUUUUAUGAUUUCAAAAACAAUUUCAACGCCAGUUUUAAGAUAGACAAAGUAUCUGAUGGCUUAACAAAUUUCUACAAUUUGGACGUCACUAGGAAACUUAUAUUCUUCGUACCUGGAUACAAAUCUCACAUAUAUAAGAAUACAGAGGAAACCAUACGGCAGACGUUUAAAGAUGUUCCCAAUACAUAUCUUAUAAUAAUAGACCAUUCAGCGUAUACAUCUGUUCAAGGCAGCGGGCGAAAAGACACCUACGAGAGGUCAGUGAUGUAUGCUUAUUCAUUAGGAAAAGCAUUGGGAAAAUUGCUAGCGGAUAUCCACGGUAAAGGAUAUCCAUCAAGCAAGAUCCAUUGUAUUGGUCACAGCUUGGGAGCACAGAUGCUCGGCUACGCUGGAACGACAUACAUAAAUAAAACAUCAGAAAAAAUUUGGAGGAUCACAGGUAUCGACCCAGCGGGACCCUGCUUUUCUAACAGUUUCAUCGAAGAUCAAAUCAGAUCUGGUGUAGCUGAGUAUGUUGAAGUAUACCAUUGCAAUGCUGGAGGUUUAGGAACUACCGCUGUUUUGGCUGAUAUAGAUAUCUUUCUUAAUAAAGGCAGAAAACAGCCCGAUUGCCACGAAGGUUACAUACCGGCUUACGGAGAGUCACAGGCUGCUAAAUGCAGUCAUAAAGCAUGCGUGAAAUACUGGGCAGAGACAGUGCACCACCCUGGCUGGUAUUUAGCGUGGGCUUGCAACUCGUAUAAAGACUUUUCUAAAGGCAAAUGCGCUGCGAAUGAAGUCACAAUUGCUGGUUACUCCAAUCCAGGGAAUGCGACCGGAGUGUUUUAUGUAUCCACCGACGCUUAUGAGACUAAUUAAUAUAGUUUUUAUUCAUAUUUUUUUUAUUCGACCAGUACGAAAAUAACCAGCAUAACUAUCUCAACAUUAUUAAGAUAACUACUUAAUAAUAGCAGGAGCUGUAAAUAAGAUGCGAGAUUUUUAGCUAACUUCAAAAAAGAUUAGUUGUUAAAUUUGACUGAAGCUAUCGUAUGUAUGUAAAACGAAAUCUUUGCCAGUUGUAUACUCAUUUUAUCAACUUUUUUAUAAACGAACGUUUAAAAAUAUAAAAUAAAAACCUUAAACUAAACUAAAAUUAACAUCGUAAUUUGCACACAAUUUAAUUGCUUGAGCUUUAAUUCCACGAUAUACUUUGCCUUAGCAUCUACUUGAGAAGCUAUUAUAUUAUGUGGUUAUUAUUUUAUUACUUUCAGUUAUUUAUGGUCGGUUUGGCUUUUCUUUAAAGUCUUAUUUUUAACUAUACUGCGAUCGCUUAUCAAGUCUGUUAGGUCUACUAAAUUCUUCUAAUAAAAGAGAUAUAUUUUACCACGUUUUUAUUAACUUGAUUUACGGUUCGAGCUCAGUAAUUAAUUUUAAAAUAAUUUCACAAUUAGCAAAAUACUUGAUUUUGAACAUAGACAUCAGAAUAGGAUGACAAUGUAAGAAUUCAUAUAGUUAAAAUACAUUUUUUUUUACUUUUUAGUCCUUUUUAAAAACAAAAUAUUAUAUUAGUAUAUGAAAAAAUUAUACAUAAACUUGUUUUGGAUGAUUUUCUAUAAUAAUCACAUUUGAUCGGCAUAUUACCGAUCGCAGUAGCAGACGGUUCGCAGCGUUAAUAUUGAUCUUGUCUAUCUGGGUAUCUUGUAUCUGGUAUGUACUGGAUGGCAGGUCUUAAUUACAAUAAAAAAAUCCAUGUGCAGCAGUGAAUAGAGCAGUGAUACGACAAUAAUAUUUAAGAAGAAUAUAUACUGGAUUACUAUCACUAUAUCUAUCUAUACUCGUAUCACCAUCUAUUAGAUCCUUUGUAUGAGAGUUAUGACUAGACAUCGGAUUUAAUGCAUUUAAUAUAACUCUAUAAUAUAACUCUCUAAUUAUGGCGUUAAUGCUUAUUUUAGCCUUUUUUUUCCCAAUCGUGCAUAUUUUGUUUAGUAGGAGGUACGUAUUGGGUACCUAGGUGUCGAAGACGUGUAGGGUUCCAGCGCAGUGGCUGACUAAAUUGACUGGCCAAAUUUUAAAUUUUGUUCAAUGACGUCAGUUGAUGUAGAGAAGUCGUUUUCGGCGUACAAAUUGAUUUGGAAUAAUACUUAAUCGUAUACUGUCCUAAAACCUAUGCAUAAUUUUAAGAACAUUUCGCUGUUUUUGUACCGUCUUUAAUU